AUGCGCGUCAGUUCUGUUAUUCUGCCCCUGGCGGGCACUCUCUUGGUUGAGGCCUCCUCGAGUUCCCCCGGUUGCAGCGCUCUCAAGGGAUCGGUCAACAGCUCCAUCUUCUACCCUAACACCGAUGUGUACGAGUAUGAAGCGCAGAAUUUCUGGUCCAACACGGAAAUCAUGAGCCCCGGAUGUGUUUUCCGCCCGCAGUCAAGCGCUCAAUUGGGCGAGGGAGUCAAGGCUUUGGUCGAUGCCCAGGCCAAGUUCGCUGUGCGCGGUGGCGGUCAUAUGGGUAUUCGGGGAUCGAACAAUAUCGACAACGGUGUGCUCAUUGUGAUGUCCAACCUGACCACUCUGGAAUUGUCAGACGAUAAGUCGAUCGUGUCGGUCGGUCCAUCCCACAGAUGGGAGGACGUCUACGCUUACCUCGCCGAUUAUGACCUCUCCGCGCCAGGUGGCCGUCUGGGCCCCGUCGGUGUCCCCGGAUUGCUUUUGGCCGGAGGCGUCAACUUCUAUGGUAACCAGGUUGGCUGGUCCUGCAACUCCGUCGUCAACUACGAGGUCGUCCUGGCCGACGGUUCCGUCGUACAAGCCAACAAGACGAGCUACUCCGAUCUGUUCUGGGCCCUGAAGGGAGGCAGCAGCAACUUCGGUCUUGUCACUCGCUUUGAUUUGGAGACUGUCAAGUCGACCAAGGUCUGGGCUGGUAGCUACACUGUGUCCUCGGAAUAUGUAGACCAAUUCCUUGAGGCUGCGGCUACCUAUGCUGCCAACAUCUCCGACCCCAAGACUCACAUUGUGCCUGCUCUGGUUCCGGGUGACAGUCUCCUGGCUUCGGUCAUCCUGUUCUAUGACAGUGAGGACACCAGCUAUCCCGAUAUCUUCAAGCCCUUCACCGAUAUCCCCGCCGUGGCCAGCACUCUGGGCUUCAAGACCGUCUCGGAGUUUGCUGCCGAGACUGGAGCCAUGGUCGUGCCUCACAUCAACGAUGUGUUUGUCGCCGGCACUGUCGUCGGUACCACCUACGCCGAGCUGCUUCAAGGCAUCAGCAUCAUCAACACCACUUUCUUCGAGCAGCUGCCCAAGCUUUACGACCAGAUUCCCGCCGAUAACAUCUCCACCAUCCAGCUGGACUGGCAGCCCAUCGGUGCCGACUGGAUGAAGGCCUCCGAGGACAGAGGUGGUAACGCCCUCGGACUGGACUCAUCCAAGAUCUACCUCUGCUAUGCUGAGGUCGUCGAGUGGAUCGGCUCCAGCUACGACGACAUCGUCGCUCAAUGGGUCGAGGAGACCACCUAUGCCAUCAACAAUGCCACCCAGAAGGCCGGCUUGUAUGACGCGUUCAACUACAUUGGUGAUGCUGCCGGAUUCCAGUCCAUCUUCCCCGGAUACGGCGAGGAGAACGUCUCCAAGUUGCAGACUAUUGCCAAGAAAUACGACCCCAACCAGGUCUUCCAGACUUUGAUGCCGGGUGGCUUCAAGAUCUACUAA